UAAAAUGGCUACGCACAUGGGAAUUGAAGGACUCACUAAUCAUUCACGUGUUGAGUUAAGUAUUCAAUUCGAAGAAAAACAGAGAAAAGAUUCAUUCAAUUCUUAUAUUAUUUGACUUCACGCCACCUUUGUCUUAUUUCCUUCUUUGCAUUUACAACACAACCCAUUUCUUCAGAUUUCAACUUCUAUUCUUUCGGAUCUAAACCCGAACCCGAACCCGGUAUGGACGGUGUCCCAGAUCGGGGCCGGUCCACCUCACCAUCUUCGCGAACUCCGAACCAUACUCCGAGGCUCGGUCCGAGCCGCCUCUCCAGCUCCCGCGUCAGAUCAUCCCAAUCAUCAGCAUCUUCAUCUUCUUCUUCAUCGUGCUUAUGGCUAUGGUGUCGAAGAAAACGAACGAAAGUGCUUUUGGCACUUAUUGCGCUAUUUGCUUUGUUUUUCUUUGUGAAUUAUAUCAUGCUUCUACGUCUUCAACAUCAGCAAGAUCGACCCCAUCGUAAUCCUAAACCAACACUUCGUUCCUCUCUUUCAAUUUCCCUUCAGGGAAAAUUGAAGAAGAAUAGUACUAGUAAAAAAACUCAAAAGGGAAAUUAUGCAAGGAUGUUGGCAUUGGCCGCCCAUGCCUUGGCAGAGAAUAAACGUGAGCCGAAAGAUUUGUGGCAGGAACCCUUGGUCCCUGCUUCUUCUUGGACACCGUGUUCUGAUCAGCGAAAUUGGGAACCUAAUGAGGGAAGUAAUGGUUACAUUCUGGUUACUGCAAAUGGUGGGAUCAAUCAACAGCGGGUAGCUGUUUGUAAUGCUGUCGUUGUGGCCCGGUUACUCAAUUCAACUUUGGUUGUCCCAAAAUUUAUGUACAGUAGUGUAUGGAGAGAUACGAGUCAAUUUAGAGACAUCUAUCAGGAGGAGCAUUUUAUUAACUACUUGGCUCCUGAUAUUCGGAUAGUGAGGGACCUUCCUAAAAAACUACAGUCUUUGGACUUGGAAGCAAUCAGCAGUGUUAUUACAGAUGUUGACAUGGGGAAGGAGGCCAGGCCAAGCUUUUACUUGAAACACGUCCUACCUAUUAUACUUAAAAAUCAAGUUGUUCACUUUAUUGGAUUUGGGAAUCGCUUGGCAUUUGAUCCGAUACCAUUUGAGCUGCAGAGACUUCGUUGCAGAUGUAAUUUUCACGCCCUGCAAUUUGUUCCCAGAAUACAAGAAACCGGUGCUUUGCUUCUUAAGAGGUUGCGCGGACAUGCAGGCCUUAUUGGACCAUUGGAUCGGCAUUUUGUUGGUCCAUUUGGAGAAUUAAAUAUGACAAGUGAAAAAAAUUCCAAGAAAGCUUCCAAAUAUCUAGCUUUACAUCUCAGAUUUGAAAUUGACAUGGUAGCUCAUUCUUUAUGUGAAUUCGGGGGAGGUGAAGAAGAGAGGAAAGAAUUGGAAGCAUAUCGUGAAAUCCAUUUUCCUGCUCUGGCUCUUAUGAUAAAGACUACAAAAUUACCUUCUCCUUCAGAGCUCAGGUCUGAAGGGCUUUGUCCACUGACACCUGAAGAAUCCAUUCUUAUGCUUGCUGCUCUUGGUUUUAACCGCAAGACAAACUUAUUUGUAGCUGGUUCUAAUUUGUAUGGAGGUGGUUCACGGUUGGCUGCUUUGACCAGCCUGUACCCUAAAUUAGUCACCAAAGAGAACUUGCUAUCUUCUGCAGAACUCGAACCAUUUGCUAAUUAUUCAUCCCAGUUAGCAGCAUUGGACUUCAUAGGCUGUGCUGCCUCGGAUGCAUUUGCCAUGACUGAUUCAGGAAGUCAGCUAUCAUCUUUGGUGUCUGGGUAUAGAAUAUAUUACGGUGGAGGAAGAAUGCCAACAAUACGUCCAAAUAAACGCAGGCUAGCUAGUAUAUUCAUGAAGAACUCUUCAAUAGAAUGGCGUAUUUUUGAACAGAGAAUGAGGAAAGCAGUGAGACAAACUAAACAUGUACAGACAAGGCCAAAGGCAAGAAGUGUUUACAGAUAUCCUAGGUGUAAAGAAUGUAUGUGCAGGACAAUUUGAUUUACUUACAUUAGCUUCACUGUAAUUGCCCGUUGUAAUUUGUAACAAUUUUAAUCAUUAUUCUUCUGACUAAAUUGAUUAAUCCAUAGAUUUAUUUACAUUACUGUAAACAGACAAGGCUUAAGGCAAGAAGUACUUACAGUAUCCCAAGUAUAAAGAAUGUUUGUGCAGGACAAAUUGAUUUAUUUAUAUUAGCUUGACUGUUAUUGCACAUUGUAAUUAGUAACCUUGUUAUUAAUUAUUCCCACUUAUUUUUUU